GAGGCCGCAGCAGACGUCCCUCCCCGACCCGCUGUCUCAUUUGCCGCUACCGACGCGUGACCCUGGCGCGCUCCGGUCCCGGCCCGGUGACCGGUGCAAGCUGCGCCAGGCGCGCCCAUGUGCCCCCUCCCUCUGGCGGCCGCCGCAGUCGCCGUGCCCCGAACCCCGCUCCGGCUCCUCCGCAGAGGGCUCGCCGCCGCCAUGUCGACCGCCGGGCGGCUCAUAACCGUGGACUAUGAAGUGUUCGGGCGAGUCCAGGGUGUCUGCUUCCGAAUGUACACAGAAGAUGAAGCUAAGAAAAUAGGCGUGGUUGGCUGGGUGAAGAACACCAGCAAAGGCACUGUGACAGGCCAACUGCAGGGCCCGGAAGAGAAAGUUAAUUCCAUGAAGUCCUGGCUGUGCAAGAUUGGGAGUCCUAGUUCUCGCAUUGACCGCACAAACUUUUCUAAUGAAAAAAUCAUCUCUAAACUUGAAUACUCUAAUUUUAGUAUUCGAUACUAAUAGAAGAGAAACACUGUAAUGCUUACACUGCAUAGCAGAUACCAUAUGUUUUUAGGUCUAUAGAUGAGAAUAAUAGAGUGAAAAAGGGGAACUUCCAGUUCUAAAGCUACAAAACUAUGUUACUAAAAAUAUCUGACAAAUUAUUUCAUUCAACCAUGUUUUUAACAAAAACAGUAUUAUCAGAUAAAAAAUGUCAUUACAAAAUGUUUAAUAUGAAUAUUCCAUUUAAACUUGUCUCAUGGAGUCUUUAAUUUCACUGAACAAUGUAGCAUAUAUGUUAUUUGGGACAUAAAUAAAGUUAACUAUAUAAAAAUUAUUUUUAGAUAUUAUUGUCUGUAUUGAAUUAUAAAAUCUUCUGAAUAAUUUUUGUUAAAGUUGAGUAAUUUGCCUUUAAAAAGAACCAGUGGUUAGAAGCAAAUGUAUGCGAUGAUCAGUAAUAAUAAUAUCAAUAAAGAGUUAACAUGA